UUCUUCUCUUCAAUGUCCGAUAAACGAGGUCUUGUGCUCGGCGUGUAUUCCUCCGAAGGACAGGACGAUGUAAAGUUCACCCAGUUUGCCCAGAAGUACAACGAAUCAACCGCCGGGAAGCUGCUGGAGCAGAUUAAGAUCUCCACUGUUAUGUUGUAAUAAAAAAGAAAUAAGAAUUUCAUACACUAUAAGACACAGAAGAUUGAAAGACAAAGCUGGAAACAAAAACAAGUAUACGUACGUGAUAGAAGCUAUAUAUUUGGAAGUGGAAUCGUGCAUAGAAAGGAGCAAAAAUUGGCAUCGAAAUGACAACCCGUAGGCAGCUGUCGGAUGUACAGUCUUCGUCCUCCAGCGGAGCUGGGACUAUGUCAGGCGGUGGUGGAGGAAUAGCAGGAGGAGGAGGUGGUUUAAGUGAUUCUAUAAUGUCUUCCUCAGGCAAGAAACGAAUGAAUGCACUGAACGGAAUACCGGCUAGUAUCGACAACAAGAGCAACGACUUUUUGUGUCCUAUUUGCUUCGAUAUUAUCAGCGAAGCGCACAUUACAAAGUGCGGUCACACUUUCUGCCACCACUGUAUACUCAAGUCCAUAGAGAUUACGAAAAAGUGUCCAAAGUGCAAUUACACGCUACCAUCUCACGAGUCUAUUGUGCCGAAUUAUUUGCUUAACGACUUGAUUACCAAGUUCAAGUUGAAAGGGAAGCGAAACGACUCUAGCAACACGCAGUCCGGAGAUUCUGCUGACACGCUGAAGCAAUUUCUGGCGACAGAAUCUAAGAAGCUCUCGUUAUCUGAUGUGAACGUUAUGCUUGAGAUUCUGAAUCAGAGAAAGUUGCUGCUCGAGGCGGAAUCUUGCGCUGCUCAGAAUCGAUUAUUACACGAAUUUCUGAAGCAUUUGUUGCAACAAAAAGAACAACAGCAGCUACAGGUAGCGAAUGAAAUAGCGCUGAUCAAAAAUGACAUAAUGGACGUGGAGAAAAUUCUGAAGGAGGUCCAGAGUAGUUGCCCCACGGUAGAGGAAGUGGAAAACAGUGUAAAGGAUGAGAAGGAUGAACAUGUAGUCGCUAUCAAAAAGGAAAUAAUUCAGAUAAUUGAUAAAAUUGACACAAUAACCGUCCCAUCGAACCGCAGCGAGACUUCCAGCGAAGGUUUCAAUCUGUAUAAAAACGACCCCAAAUCGUCGUCAUUUAUGGCACGAAAACAGCGUAUGUAUCAGCACUUUGACGACUUCGUACAGUGCUACUUUGCGGCAAGAAGUGAAGAACUAUACUUUGGAAAAGACCGAUCGUUUAGCUCUGGAUCACUGGACACUUCCACACCGACACGUUCUCUCGAUACAACGCGAUCUAGUCGGUCAUUGGACACCUUUCGAGAAAAUCUAAUAAAAUUUUCCAAAUACAGUGCCCUCCGACCACUAGCUACAUUGAACUACUCGUGUGAAUCUAGUAACGUGUCGACUAUUGUUUCUAGUAUCGAAUUUGAUAAGGAUAGUGAAUAUUUUGCAAUUGCUGGUGUCACAAAGCGAAUCAAAAUUUUCGACUACUACAGUGCGAUUCGGGACGCUGCAGUGGAUAUAAACUACCCUAUCAACGAAAUGGUAUGCAAUAAUAAAAUCUCAUGUGUAAUAUGGAACAACUAUUUCAAAGAAGUCCUGGCAUCGAGCGAUUAUGAAGGAAUCGUUUCAGUUUGGGACGUAAGCACUAAAACGCGAACAAAAGCGUACGAAGAACAUGACAAACGAUGUUGGUGUGUUGACUUCAAUGAGGUGGAUACAAGAUUGCUAGCAUCCGGUUCCGAUGAUGCCCAAGUUAAGCUUUGGUCACUCAAUGUGGAUCAUUCGGUGGCUACCAUCAAAGCAAGGGCCAAUGUAUGUUGUGUAAAAUUCAACCCGAAAAGCUCGUGUCACCUGGCGUUUGGUUCGGCUGAUCACUGCGUACAUUACUAUGAUCUACGCAAUAUUAAGGAACCACUAUGUGUGUUCAGAGGCCAUAAAAAGGCUGUAUCAUACGUAAAGUUUUUAAAUACUACUGAAAUUGUGUCGGCAGGAACAGACGGUCAGUUAAAACUGUGGAAUAUCAAUUCACCGCCCUACUGUCUACGAUCGUUCACUGGUCACAUAAAUGAGAAAAACUUUGCCGGAUUAGCGACAAAUAAUGACUAUCUGGCUUGCGGUAGCGAAGACAACUCUCUGUGCGUGUACUACAAGGGUUUGUCCAAGCAGUUGUUCAAUUUGAAAUUUUCACCCAGCAGCACAAAUCGAUCCAUCUCCGAUACCGAACGGAGUACAGAAGGCAACGAUUUUGUGUCGGCAGUUUGCUGGAGGAAGCAGAGCAACAUCAUAAUCGCCGGAAAUAGUGAAGGCAUUAUUAAAAUCCUCGAAAUCGUGUAACUUCCCUAGGUUUUACCUAAGCCAGUCAAAUACUGUUAACACGUUAAUUUGUUGUUUCGUUUUUUUUGCACACUAACAAAUCACAAAAAAUACAUUCUGAUUAAACUGGCACAUAAACAAACGAAUUAAAAUCCAAACGUUUCAAACAAUGAUAAAGGUGAUAGACUUAUGAUACGGAAGAAACGCAUUAUUUUGUUAUACAUUUUUCAAGGCUAGUAAAUAUAGAAGUUACUACAUUUUAGCGUCAAGUGUGACAGAAUUUCCUCGUCGAUGAAAUCGAACUGAACUAUGUAAGGAAAGGCUAACUGACUGGGUAUGCUAUCGGAUGCCGUUUCUUAUGAACUAUAAAAUUGGUUUUCUGUACCAUCCUUAUCAUAAUGGUAUAGAGAAGGUGCAAAAAGAGUCAAUUAAACUGAAAGCCAAGAGAGAUAAUACCUGUAGAUAAAAAAAAACACUUAGUUAACAUUAAAGAGAAAAGCCAGUUCCGACGAACAACAAAGAUGUGAAAGUAUUUACAAUCUUUGUGUGCAGUUCUAGCCAACGUAGUGAACAUGAAGCACCCCUGGAUCAGAUUGUUGAACUACGGUUAUGCUAUCCCUAUUUUUCUAACAAGAAUCUACUUCAACGGCGAUAUCAAAACGUACAACUGAAUGCACUGAUACAAUUAAUAGAAAAACAAACAGGUGUCAACCUAUCACAGUUUGUGUAUACAUCAUUGUGUAAAUGAAAAUCCUACAGCACCUCGUUAAUUUUUAAUCAUUAUUAAAUUAAAGUACCUUGUCCAACCGAAAUCAAA